AUGGCGCUGACGGAGUUUCUCGUCUAUUGUCUGUUGCUGCAUACUUUGGAAAUUUAUAUUCUAGCCAAUUCCUUUCCAGGACAGACAGCUCGUCAGGCCCUUGAUUACGUGGCCUAUGUGGAGAAACUUGACAACUGCAGUUUGGGAACUGGCGAAUCGCUGGACUUGUUGUAUGAUCACAGCGUCUGGGAUCUGUAUGCUCUCACUGCGGUCCGAUUGGCCAACUUUAUUUCCAAAAUAAUCACCAGUAACAACAACAGCAUGUCCUCCCUCUCCGAUGAAGUCCUGUUCGCUCUGGUACGGAACAAUGUCCAUCUUAAGUCUGUCAUAUUCGGUUCCGGGAUCCCGUUUGAGCCUCACGAGUCCUUGCGGUAUCCCUUGUUUUGUCCGUAUGCAUUCAGAGACGAAAACAAGACCGUCGUUCUCUCGAAGGACCUCGCUGUUGAAUACAACUAUACAGAUCCGAAAACGGAGUACUACCAAGUGCUCAGGUAUAAGGACUUUAGUAACAUCUCCAUGGAGACAGAUACAGUUUAUUUCAGAUCUGACGACUCUCUUCUUCCAGCUGUUGAGAUCCUGCAGCCUGUGGCGGAUCUAGCGGACGGUCACUGGACGAAACCUUAUUUCGACUGUGGAGGGGGGAACAUUUGGAUGGUGACCUACUCGUCCCCGAUAUUUGCACUGGAACAGGACAAAAAGUCUGUCAUUUUCAGAGGCGUGGCGACUAUUGAUAUAGAACUGACCAAUAUAGAUAUAAACCAGUGCGAUGUCGACAGAGCCGUAAAUCUGAGUGGGACAUUCGAUAUCUUCAGAGGGACUCACUUAUGCGAGCCAUCGACAGAGUGUGUUUUUACAUCCGGUCACGGGUUUCGUCGGGGAUCAUACAUUUGUACAUGCGCCAAGGGAUAUUUCUUCCCAGACACCUCCGCCAAACAUAAAUUCUUUAAAGGAUACGAUAUCGAAGAUGACUUCACUAGCGGCAACAUUACUUCAACAUAUCAGUAUAGGUGUACUCCUUGCGCAUCCGGAUGUGACGUCUGCACAGAUUCAUCACCGUGUCUUUUCAAAAGGAACAUUUUCAUUCGGACGCCUUUUCUUAUUCUGACGAUUAUUACAAUAAUCCUGAUUUUGAUAGCAUCGGGAUUUGUAUUCCGUUUGAAGGAAAGUAAGAUCAUUAAGAGUGGGAGUCCAAUAUUCCUAUUGCUGAUGUGCGCUGGUGGUGUACUGAUAUGUCUGCAGAUGUUCGUCACAUUUCCCGAAGCUAACGACUUCUUGUGCAUGGUAUCGCCUUGGCCAUACCAUUUAGGAUUUGUUUUAAUGUUUGGAGCUCUCCUUUUGAAAACAUGGAGAAUAUCAAUAAUAUUCCGGGUAGGACAGGUGAGAAGAGUCCAUUUACCUGACAAGACUUUGUUACGUCGCAUGGCUAUGAUGCUAGCUACCUCGUCUGGAUAUCUGAUAGCAUGGACCGCAGCUAAUGACGAACAUUCAGAAAUCCGACAAACUUCAUCGGGCCUGAAAUUCGUAAUGUGCUCAAAUAAUCUUUGGCAAUAUUCAUCAUAUGGAAUGGAAAUUCUCGUGCUGCUGUUCGGAGUAUAUCUAUGUUUUACGGUACGCAAAGCCCCGGCGUCCUUUAACGAAAGUAGACACAUUUCAUGGGCACUGUACAACGCUAUCAUCCUCAGCAGUUUUAUCCUGCUGAUCAAACAUUUUAUUGCUGAAUCAGGCGGUCCAGAUUUGAUCUAUUUCUUGACCUUUCUGAAUUGUCAAGUUAUCGUCACCAUGACGAUGGUGCUGAUAUUUGUUCCCAAGAUUCAUGCUGUUUACAUGAAAGUUGAAGUGAAACGACGAAAUGACUUGCCAGCAAUUACUGGUAAACUCGAGAGCUAUACUGUCAACGCCCAAUAUCAAUCGAAAAGCGUGCAGACAACUAUUGGUGGAGAAGACCUGGAGAGAAUUGGCUAUUGAGAGAGGAAAACUCAACGUCUGUGGAUGUAUCUUUAACUGGAAAAUACAAAUUCUCCAUGGAUUAUAUAUGUCAAAGCAGUUUCGGAUAGGAUUUAAAAAAGCUACAACUCAACUCGGAGUAUAUGUAUACCUCGGCGAUUCACAUAGAAAUGAGUGCCGAACUUCACAUGACAAGGAGUGCUGAACUUCACAUGACAAUGAAUGUUGAACUUCACAUGACAAUGAAUGUUGAACUUAACAAUGAAUGUUCAACUUUGCAUAACAAUGAGUGUUGAACUUAACAAUGAAUGUUGAACUUUGCAUAUGAAUUUUGAACUUCACCACAUAACAAUGAAUGUUGAACUUCACAUAACAAUGGAUGUUGAACUUCACAUAACAAUGAAUUUUGAACUUCACUUAAAAAAUAAGAUAUCAUUUUUUAAUGUUACUGGGAUAUGGCAUGAAUUUGGUCACGUGAUCAAAUCCUAUAACGCCCGAAGGGCAUAAGUAAGGAGCCAGGUGAAAGUACAGGAACUGACUUUUGAAGCGUUGAUUGUAUUCAUACGCAAGAACAAACUGAUCACGUGACCACAUUCAUGUUACACGAAAUUGAACAUUGAUUUCAUUAGUACUGUCAUAUAUAGAAGUGCAUUGGCAAAUGUAAAUAUAUAACAAUGAAUGUUGAACUUCACAUAACAACGAAUGUUGAACUUUGCAUUACAAUGAAUUUUGAACUUCACAUAACAACGAAUGUUGAACUUUGCAUUACAAUGAAUUUUGAACUUCACAUAACAAUGAGUGUUGAACUUAACAAUGUAUGUUAAAAUUUACAUGACAAUGAAUGUUGAACUUCACAUGACAAUGAAUGUUGAAAUUUACAUGAGAAUGAAUGUUGAAUUAACAAUGAAUGUUGAACUUUACAUAACAAUGAACGUUGAAGUAGCAUAAUGAAUUUUGAACUUCACAUAACAAUGAAUGUUGAACUAGCAAACAAUGAAUUUUGGACUUCACAUAACGAUGAAUGUUGAACUUCACAUAACAAUUGCUAUUGAAAUUUUGUUUUUGGCAAUAAAUUGAUUAUGCACUU